AUGUAUAUUUCCGCCUACCUUGUACAAGUGCUAGCACUCGUUGCUGGUACUCGUGCUCGAGCCUUGCCUCAGGAUAUCGACUUCGAAUAUAUCGAUUCUAUUCCGGACCCAUCCUCGGUUUCGAUCAACCCGCUUGCCGCUGCUGUAACUGUAACAUACGAUCCAAUCGCUCUCGCAUCUGCAGUUGUAGCCGAGAUCAGUGUCAGCGGUAUCGAAACACCAGACUCAUUUGCAACGACCGUGGUGGCAAAGCGCGAUAUUUGUGACACGCAGACCGCCAGACCAACUCCGUCUCCAGACACUGCAAGCGCCUUCCUCAAUGAUGUCCGCUUCUCAUCCAUCGCGAGCAAUGCUCCGACACCGUCCGGAUACUCUCUUGCCUUCUCCAACCUUCAAGCUUCGAGCAGUGCUUAUGGCUACAUGGGCAUGGACACUUUGGAUACUUAUGACCCAGUUGUCUGCUCAGCCCGGUGCGACAAAAAGGCCGGUUGUGUCGCCAUCAACAUAUGUAAAGAUAUCCAAGACGUGCUCACCACGAACAAGGCUGACACCCGAACCCAUAGUUUUCGAACGANNAACCCAUCAACCUGCGUGGCUGGAGCUUCGACUCCAAGUAUCAGAUGUGUCUUCUGGGGAGGACCAGUCACUUCAGACAAUACCAAAAACUUUGGACAAACCCGUAAUGGUUUUGAAUUCGUGAUGGCAGGAUCAAAUGGUUACACGAGCAACUCCAUCUCAACACCGGUGGGAUACAAAACACCGCAAUAUCUCGGCAACGCUGCAAUGAGCGCACCUCUCGACAAGUGUGGCAAAGAUACUUAUCUUGGUGUGAAACUCUUCACUAGUGGCCCCUUCGAUGUCGCGCUCUGCGCUACAGCUUGCACUGCUCAAAGUGCUUACAAUUUGAGACAUCCCCCGAGCAAAGGCGCUCCCAAGACAUGCAAGUUCUUCAACACAUACCUGAUCUACAAGAACAAUGUUGCUCAAGGGCAAUAUUGCGCCAUGUAUUCCCAAACCUGGGACAAAGGUUAUGCUACCAACAAGGGCCAAACCAGAGGAUCAGACAAAUACACUAUACUAUACAGCUUCAUGGGAUCGAACGACACGGAUCCUGGUGUCGCUCCAACGUCAUGUCCGGUCACUUGUACUGCCACAUCGACCCCAACUAUGGUGUAA